AUGGCCGUUCCUCCGGAAAUCACAAUCGCAAAUCUAGCGGGCCAAUUCAUUCCCGACAAAGCGCUCUCCGAUGACGCUGAUGGAUUCCUUAGUCUGCAAGGCGUCCCGUGGCUCCUCCGCAAAGCCAUCGGCCUCGCAAACCCCAAGCUCACCAUCGCCCAGUCGACCAACGAGAAAGGCGUGGCAGUCAUCGACCUCAGCGUUGUGGGGAUUGGCGGCCGCACUGUAACUGAACAGCGGAUUUUGGACUGGGAGCCUGUUCCGAGUACGAAUCCGCUGUAUGGGAAGACGAUUACCCGCUCCCGCCUCUACACAACCCCCCUCCCAAAAGAACCCAAUCAAAACGACGAGAACUACGCGUACCUGAAUGCGCAGAUUUCACGAGAUGGUUCACCGAGUAGUUGGAUUGAGGACGAAGAUGGACAGCACCUGCACUGUGUGAUUACGAACGAGGAGGCUGGGUGGACGAUUGACCAGGUUUGGGGGUUCGAAGAGAUAAAUGGGGAGCGGUAUCAUACGAGGCGGUCUGUCUUGGUCAAGGGGGAUGCUGUGGAGAGGGGCAGGAUUGUUUAUAAUUAUGUUCCAUGA